AUGGAUUUAUUUUUAAAUAAACCUGUUGAAGCACCAUAAAGACAAUACAUUCGUCUUUUUGUGAAUACAGGAAAUAAAUAAUUCAUUGCUACCGUAGAUCGUACUUAAUAAGUAUUUAACUAUUUUAUUCAUUAGAAUCUAAAAGUUUAAAUUGCAAAUUCCUUUGUAUACACUUAAAGAGAAGAUCCUGAUAAUGAAGAGAUAUAGUAAUUCUAAGUAAAAAAUAUUAAAUAAAAUGGCUAUUUGGUUGUGAUUCCAAAAUAAAUGUAAAUUGGACAUGUGCUUGAUGAUUAAACCUUUAUAACAUGUGAAAUUAUAGAACCAAAAAAAAAAUCAUAAGUUAAAAUUGAAUUAACUGAAGGUUCUAAAAGAAAGAAUAAGCAUUUAAAAGAAUAAAAUAAAUUAAUCGAAAAUUUACCAGACAUUUCUCCUCCUAGAACACUUCCUUAAUAGCAAGAAGAUAAAUAAACAAAUAAACAAUUAUUAAACAAUUAAAAUCAUAAAUAAUCAUAUUAAUAACCAAAAGAAAAAGAAUAAUUGACAAAAAAAUAGUAAAUAUAAUAAGAUAAAAAUAAAUAAGCAAUAGAAGAAGAAAAAAUGAAGUAAUAAAAUGUAAACACUUAAGAAAUUUUAUUAAAUGAAAAUACUAAAGAUAUCAAGGAAAAUAAAGAUAUUAAAAUUAAGGAGUUUAAAGAAUCUAAAGAAAAUUAAACUAAUAAAGAUUAAAAAAAUUAAAUAUAAGAAGAAAUAAAAUAACAUGAAUCAUCUUGUUUUAAAGAUAAUCAAGAAUUAAUUGAAGGAAAAGGAAAAAAAGAAACAAAAGAAUAAAUCAAUCAAAACAAAGAUAAAAACAAAGAAUAAUAAGAAAAUCUCUAAAAUCAUGAACUCAAUAUUGGAUAAUAAUAAAAAGAAGGAUCAAAAAAAGAAAAGUAAUAUCAUUAACCUUAAUCUUAAUCUUAAUCUUAAAUAUAAUAAAAACAACAGGAAAACUAAUAAACAAAAGUCUUACCUUAAUAAAAAUAAGAUCUUGAAGAAGAUAAUAAUUUUGGAACUAAAAAAAUGCCAAAAAUUAAUCAAUUUAAUGAAGAUUAAAUAUAGAAUCAACAAUAAUAAAACCUAGAUAAAACAAAAUAAGAUAAAUAAGCUUAGAAUACUUAAUAAUAAAAAUAAAAUGAAAUAGAAAAAUAGAAGUAAGCUAAAUAAAAUAAAUAACAAUAAUAUUAAUAAUAAUAAUAAUAACAAACAAUUUCGCAAAAUCAAAAAUAAUAGUAAUAAACAAUUUAAUAAAAAUAAAACUUAUAAAUAAAGAAAGUCAAUAAAGUCAUAAAAACUGGAUAUGAUUCAGACGAAAAUUCGGAUGAUCAAUAAUAAACAAAAGUUAAAGUUGUUUAAAAUUAUAAAUAAGUUAAGAAAAACGAUAAAAAAUAAAGUAUUGACUUUGAUAAUAAUUUAUUUGAAAAUUGCUGA